GAACCAGAGAGGGGUAUGCAUAAAAGAGGACGUAACUUUUUUUUUUUUUUUUUUUUGUUAGUGAUUCCAAAAUGCUUCCUAAUGAAAGCAGAGAUGUAUAGGGCAUCAAAAGGCCAUUCAACCCGCAGAUUGGGAAAACCUACUGAGCAUGCUUUUGUUGACAAUGAUGGUAUUUAUGACCCAGAGUGUGAUUCCAAUGGUGUCUUCAAGGCCCGCCAAUGCAAUCAUACAGAAACUUGCUGGUGUGUGGAACAGUGCUGGUGUAGGAGAACUGAUAAAGGAGACCUUAAUCUGAAAUGUGACAAGCUUGUCCAGACAACGUGGGUGCAAGCUCAACACAAUCACCCAGUUCAGACUCCAGUUGAUCCAGUUGCUCUGAAAGCUGCAAUGACACAGACCAUUCAGAACCGUUACUUUCUUGAUCCCAGCUAUGUGGAUAAUGUGCAGUAUUCUAAGGACGACAACAUUAUUAUUGUAGACCUGAAGAACACUAAAGGAGAUCCCAAUGUGGACAUUGCCACAGUCGCUUACUACAUGGAGAAGGAUGUGAAAGUUUUACCCCUGUUCAUGAGUAACAGUUCCCUGACAACUACAGUCAAUGGCACUCCACUGGGAUUUCGUAACAUUUUGGUCUACUAUGUGGAUGCUGAACCUCCCACCUUUACUAUGAAGAAGCUAACUGCUGGAAUUAUUGCUGUCAUUGUUGUGGUUGUCCUUGCCAUUAUUGCUGGAUUGGUAGUUCUGUUCCUUACAAGGAAGAAGGAGAAAUCCCAGACUUACCAGAAAGCACAGCAGAGCAGAGAACUGGACGAUAUGCAGAAAGAACAAUUGGCCUCUUAACUUGCUGCCUUUCGUGGAAAGUGACAUUGAAAGAACUGUUUGGACUACUGGGCACAUGGAGAGGGGAUUGGAUUUUGAAUGUGGCAUUUUUUUUAAGCUUUAUUUUAAAGGGGAGGGGAUGUGGAGGAUGUUUAAUUCAAUGUUUGGUAAAACUAUUUGCAGCAAUAUUUGAUACAACUUGUUUCUUGAUUUGUGCAGAUGUUUAAGACUUGUCUACAAAUUGUUACAUUUAGAUGCUUGAUAAUGUAGUGGCUUUGGAUUUUUUUUUUUUUGCCUUUUUUUUCAUGUACAGUUUUGGUUUCAUUUAAGUUUUUGGUUUGUUUUAAAGUAAAUAAACAUUUUUCCUAAUA